AUGAGUCCCCCUAGUGUGCUUUUGCCCAGAGCCAUGGUCGACCCAAGUGUGCAUGCCUUCUUCGAUCAACACCUGCGGCAGACGGCAAAUCAGACCUGCUGCGAUGGUGAGGGUAUGCUACCUCGCUGGGCGUCAGUGUCCCACGGAAUUUACAUCAGUAUUGAAGCUUCCGGAAUCCACCGCAGCCUUGGCGUGGCAACAAGCUUUGUCCAGUCGCUUUACCUGGAUGCUUGGAAGCCUGUCCAUCUCAAGAUGAUGGAGCUGGGAGGCAAUGAGCGAUUCCAGAAGUUCAUGAAGGCACAUGGUGUACCAGAGGACAUGCCGAUCAGAGACAAGUAUAGCACUCGCGCAGCAAAGUGGUACCGGGAGGCCCUGGUCGUCUUAUGUCGGGCGAUGCCGCUUCUCCCUUCAGCUUAG